GACUUUCGCUCCCCGCCGCCCCGUCCGCCCCCUCCCCCCGACCUGCCUGUGCCGUGCUCCUGGCCCACUCAAGCUCCGCUCGGGCCCAAUGCGGCCAUAAAGAUCUCUCCUACACUUCUCCUCCGCCCACCGCCGCGCCCCAGGACUGCCGCCGCCGACGCCUCUCAGCCCCGGCAAACCCCUUUCGCCGCUGACGCGCGCGCGUCCCUCCCGUUUCUGCCCCGUCGAGUCGACGCUGCUGCCGCUGCCCCGUCGGCAGUUUUGGAAAUUGGUUGCUGAGGUGCACAAGGGCCGUUGAAUGCAAUGGAAGGGGGCGCCAGUGUAGCAGACGAGGCUGACUUUAAGGAGUGCUUACGCCUGACUUGUAGCCAACCUUAUAUUCUUCGACUUGUUUUCUCUGCUGGCAUCGGCGGUCUUCUUUUCGGGUAUGAUACAGGUGUCAUAUCUGGAGCACUUCUGUUCAUCCGAGAUGAUUUUAUCGAGUUACAAAAGAACACCACUCUAAGGGAAACAAUAGUGAGUAUGGCUGUAGCUGGAGCUAUUGUUGGAGCUGGACUUGGUGGCUGGAUGAAUGACAGAUUUGGAAGGAGGCCUUCCCUCAUCAUCGCAGAUGUUCUGUUCCUUGCAGGUGCCGCUAUCAUGGCCUUUGCCCCGUCACCUGCUGUUAUCAUUGUUGGGAGGGGCUUUGUUGGUCUUGGAGUUGGAAUGGCUUCCAUGACUGCGCCUCUGUACAUCUCUGAAGUCUCCCCAGCUAGAAUAAGAGGGGCGCUAGUGAGCACCAAUGGCCUUCUUAUCACUGGAGGGCAGUUCAUGGCAUACCUUAUUAAUCUGGCAUUCACCAAGGUGCCGGGAACUUGGAGGUGGAUGCUUGGCAUUGCAGGAUUCCCUGCCCUUCUUCAGUUCAUACUAAUGUUGACGCUCCCAGAAUCACCAAGAUGGUUAUACAGGCAGGGUAGGAAACAGGAAACUGCCACCAUUCUGCGGAAGAUUUACCCUGCAAAUGAGGUGGAAGAAGAGAUUGAGUCCUUGCGAAAAUCAGUUGAAGAUGAGAUGGUCCUGGAGGGGUCCAUAGGCGGGCAGAGCGUAUUUGGCAAGCUGAAGAAAGCAUUUGGAAGCAAGGUUGUCCGCCGUGGCCUCAUGGCCGGUGUCAUUGUGCAGGUCGCCCAGCAGUUUGUCGGCAUCAACACCGUCAUGUACUACAGUCCGACGAUCGUCCAGCUGGCGGGUUUCGCGUCCAACGACACGGCCAUGGCCCUCUCACUCAUCACCUCAGGACUCAAUGCCGUCGGCUCGAUCGUCAGCAUGUUCUUCGUGGACAGGGUCGGCCGGAGGCGCCUGAUGCUCCUCAGUCUUGUUGGCAUCGUCGUGUGGCUCGCUGUGCUUGGCAGCACUUUCCUCAGAGCCGCGCACAAUGCCCCACCUGUCAGGGAUGUGGAGAUGCGUCCGUUCGCUAACCAGACGUGCCCAGAGUACAACCCCAACGUCCACUGGAGCUGCAUGGACUGCCUCAGGGCCGCAUCCACGUGCGGGUUUUGUGCUCAUCAAGGAAACACGCUUCUUCCCGGCGCUUGCCUGGCACUCAACAACGAAACGCGAGGGGUGUGCCAUGCCGACCACCGUGAGUUCUAUUCAGAAGGGUGCCCAAACAAGUAUGGGUGGCUGGCGCUGCUCGCGCUGGGCGCAUACAUCAUCUCCUACUCGCCCGGCAUGGGCACCGUGCCAUGGAUCGUCAACUCGGAGAUAUACCCGCUGCGGUUCAGGGGAGUCUGCGGCGGCAUCGCCGCGGUGGCCAACUGGGUGUCCAACCUCAUCGUGACACAGACGUUCCUGACCCUGACCAAGGCGCUGGGCUCGGCGGCCACCUUCUUACUCUUCUGCGGUGUGUCGUUCAUGGCGCUCAUCGUGGUGUUCCUCACCGUGCCGGAGACCAAGGGCCUGCAGUUCGAGGAGGUGGAGAAGAUGCUUGGGAGCAAGAACUACAGGCCUUGGAAGCGGUACCACCCCGAGGCACCGACAAAAGGGCGCGAGAUUGGGCCCGCUAUGCUAUGAAAUCUGCAUCGACGGUAGCUGUUUGAAUUCUUCGGUUCUACUGUAAGUAGCAAUAGUAUUACAGCACAAGAUUAGCGUGUAGAGGCCUCCGUUGCGUUUAGUCAUUUCUAGUUACGUUACGGCAGUUUUCUUGGUUCUUUGGAAAAAGGGUAGCUACGUUACGCCA